AUGUCUGGCCCCCCUGCUGGUAUCCCCUUCAUUCCCGCAGUCCCAGCUGGUCUUGGCGUACAGUCCGCUCCCGCUGCUCCCACCUCUGCUCCGGUAGCCGCAGCUGUUCCAAUCUCAUCUACCUCUGCCAACCCCACCAUUUCAGUCCCCGCUCCCCCUGUUUCGUCCGCUAAUACCACUCAGCCCCCACCUUCUUCGGUGGUUACGCCCGCUAGCAAUGCUGGUAACCCCUCCCAGCAAAUUUUGGCCGCAUAUAUGCUGCUUCCCCCCUCAGACCAGCUUGCGCUAGACUCUUUGCUUGAGAACCACCGCAACUCCCCAACCUCAACUCAUUGGUCCAAGGUUCAAUGUGCUCUCCCGUUUGAUCUUUCGGACAAUGCUCCCAUUUUCUCUCCGGACGGCACGCGCCUUCCCAUCCCCAAACUUAUUAACAACCUCGCCGAUGCCGGCUUCCAUAACCAACCCCUCGCCGUUUAA